UCUAAACUCUUUGAAUAAAAAUGCUCCUACGAGUAGUGAGUGCAUCUUUGAGUUAUAAAGUAUAAACAAACAAAAAGGUAAACACGAGUUACAGGACGUGUGUGUUGUUAGAAAAAAAUGAGGAGAAACAGUGUUGCUUGUUUUGUGAUUAUGCUGAUUUGCGUAAAUGAAUCAUUAUUGACAGGUAUUUUGUCCCAUCAUUCUUAAGCCGAUGACAGUGUUAAACACAUUCGUUUGGGCGACAACCAUCGUGAAGUUUCAACUAAAUAUUACUAAUAUCAGUGGAAGUUAAAUAGCAGUACAGGUAUUUACUUCUAACUAACUAUACGCGUUAGAGCCUUUGUUCGUCUUGUGUAUGUUGACACGUAGGGAUUUGAGAAGAUAGUGCGUGUCCCUACAGUUAACACCUGAUGCUCAUCGUUAAUUUGCUAGUAAAUAACAACCUUAUGUCCAGUAUUGCUUUCAUCUCUCACCAUGAGUAAUUGAUAUUUAAGUGUUCACGAGGACUCCAUAGACAAGCAGUGUGAUAGUUUGCAAUACACCACUUUGACCAUCGCACUGUGUGUAGAAUUAACACUACAAUCAACAUGGAUGGCGCAGCUAAGAAAAUAUCUUUCGGAUUUUCAAAACUUCAAAAACCGUCAGCGCUGAGCAAACCGAAGUUUCAGAAAUCCGAAGACAAAGUAGAGUAUAUUGACUGUUUAGAAAGUAAAACGAUCAAAGUGAAAAGUGGUACAGGGAAGUCAAGUGACGUCGAUGAUGUAGAAAACGAUAAAAAUGAAGUGAAAGUCAUUCCACUUCGAAAAAACACCAUCCGGUUAUUCCCAAAACAAGAAGAAAGUGAGAAGGUGCCCGUCGAUGACUCAUUGGAAGGUAUAGCGGCAAGGGAGAUUUUAGAAGAGUCAAAGGGAAAGCAGAAGGAAGCGGCUCCUUCUACACUUGUAAUCGAUCAAAAAGAGCAAGAGACUGUUGAUCUCCAGAAAGAGCCUACUUUGGAAGAUUAUGAAACUGUACCUGUUUCCAGUUUCGGCAUGGCAAUGUUAAGAGGAAUGGGUUGGGAUCCUAACAAAGGUGUUGGAAAGAAUGAAAAGCAGGUUAAAUUAUUUGAACCAACUCUUAGACCAAAAGGACUUGGACUUGGAGCAGGGAAACAGACUGGAAGCAAUGGUGAUGGUGAAGAUAAUAAGGUGGAGUUAGGUUGCCAUGUUAAAAUUUUGAGUAAAACAAAUGCUGAUGUCACUGGGGAGGUUGUGUCAUUUGAUGAAGAUUCUGGAAGAUUAGUGGUAAAAACAUCCGAUGGAACAUUUGUAUCUGUCCAUGAGAUGAUGGUGAAGGUUAUAAAGAAGAAAAGCAGCAAUGAUGCCAGUUCCGGUAAGAGGUCUUACGAGAAUAAUUCAGCAACCACAAAGAAGCACAAAUAUAGGUAGCAACACCUGUCAUGAAGUGAAGUGAAGAAAAUACAGUGACUACUUGUGUCCAUUAAACAAAUGACUGCAGAAAUUGGAAGAACUAAAUUUAUUCAAAUUUCCCUAGUGUUUUAUUGACAGAGACUUAAGUAAUUGUAAUAUAGGUUUUACUGUAAUUUUACACAAAUUUUUGUCUUAUUUCAGAAUAAAAAUGGAACUACUUUUAUACAUGAAA